CCGGAAGUCGCGGGGUCGCCCCGGUCCCCAGCAUGGCGGCCGCCUGGGCCCCCGGGCCGGCUGCUCCGGAGGCGGUGGCCGCCCGGCUCCUGGGCGUCCUGUGGCUCGUGUCGCUCCCCACGGGCCCGUGGGCAGCCGCCGCCGCGUCCAGCGAGGAGACGAUUAAGUGCGAGGAUCUCAGAGUGGGACAAUAUAUUUGUAAAGACCCCAAAAUAAAUGAUGCGACCCAAGAACCAGUUAACUGUACAAACUACACAGCUCACGUUCCCUGUUUUCCAGCACCCAAUAUAACUUGUAAGGAUUUUGGUGGUAAUGAAACACAUUUUACUGGAAAUGAAGUUGGUUUCUUCAAGCCCAUAUCUUGCCGAAAUGUGAACGGCUAUUCCUACAAAGUCGCAGUUGCGCUGUCUCUUUUUCUUGGAUGGUUGGGAGCAGAUCGGUUUUACCUUGGAUAUCCUGCCUUGGGCUUAUUAAAGUUUUGCACUGUUGGGUUUUGUGGAAUUGGGAGCCUAAUUGAUUUCAUUCUUAUUUCAAUGCAGAUUGUUGGACCAUCAGAUGGGAGUAGCUACAUCAUAGAUUAUUAUGGAACCAGACUUACAAGACUGAGUAUUACUAAUGAGACAUUUAGAAAAACACAGUUAUAUCCAUAAAUGUUUUUUGUUUUUUUUUUUCAGAGAAACAGUGAGAGGAUUUGGGCCGCCUUGACCUGCAUCCAGAUGCUCAGUAUGCGUGAAGUCCCAGGUUUUCCUCUUCGUCCUUCUUCGUCUGCCCCCUCACGGAUACCAUGAUUGCUUCAAAUCAUAUUAUUCGAAGAUCUAUUUAACAGGACUUUGGGGGGAGCGCUCCAUGACAAUAGUCUGUCUUCAGCUGCUGUCUCUGUGAGACAGAGAGUUAUUACCUUGGUAUUCUUUAAUGUCUUUUCCAAAGGCAGGUAGCCACUUGUCAUUUUGGCUUCUGAAUAAUAAAAGUGUGACUUAUUCCCCCUUUUUUAAUGCUUUUAUUAUUAAGGAAAAUUUCUAAAAUGUUGACAGUAGCCGUCUUCUGCUUUUUGAUCUCUUAGAGCAGUUAAUCCCUGGUGUGAACAAAUACCAUUUAUAUUGCUGGGGGCCUGGGGGGCCUGCGGCUGACGCCCCACCUGUUUCUCCGCGGCUUUCAGAUCUGUCUUUGACUCGGUAUCCAGGGAGCUAAAGAUCAUCGGGGAGUCUCAAGUCUUGAGGCACCAUGGAUGCCUCUGGCCGUGAUCCAGGCCUCUGAAGUGUGAAGUCCUCCCUCUCCGCCGGGGCGGGCGGCGCUGGCCCUCGGGAAGCCCCAGAUGCUGACUCAUCUCGCUCUGUGCAGUUACUUUGGAGGCUGAAUGGACAAGGUGGGAGCAGCCGCCCGUGAUGAAUGGCCGCCAUCUGUCAGCCCCGCCGGGCAGAUGCCUGCGCUGGUGCAGGGGUGAGGCGCCCGUGUCUGAGCAGGGUCCCUCUGCCGGAAGUCAGAGCGCCUGAGGAUGGCAAGGCAGGAACCGCGCUGUCCCCGUCAUACUCUUGCCAUGUCUGUAUCCGCCGGCAGGCCGGCUUCCAGGCACUGGGUUCUGGGCCCCUCGGGAGUCAGAGAGCCGAAAUCCUCAUCCGGUAUGUGAUUGGAGAACAGGCAGUGCAGGACAGUUCACCCCCCAGCAUGUCCCGAGCAUGUUUGGGACGCCCGUGGGGACUGACUUCUCGGCAGGUGGCAUGUCUCCAGUGAAAAUGCUGCUCCGUAUCCCUAAUGGGAAGGCCUGGCCCGGAGACCUUUCGGGGUGCAGCAAACAAACACUGCACCCCGACCCCGCAGGGGCUUGUGUCAUCCGGGGCUCCUCUCUUUCACGGUGACCCUUGUGGCCUCAGCUCCCUGGCUGGCCAACGCUGGCUUCCUGUUGCCCACAGCUUUGAGACUCCCGGCAGCAGCACCUGGGCCCGGGGUUUGAACAUCUCUAGGUGUCCACAGCCCUGUGGGGUUGAUGACGCAGUAACUGCAGUGCAGCCCUUCAUCUUGAUUCCUGAGUAGUUUGCUCCAGCGAUGAACGUGCUCAGGAGGGAAACCUGCGCUCCGAGCUGGUGCUUCUCAAAAGCGUUCUCUUCAGGAAGAUCUACUCGCAAAGGACUCUUGGCAGAAAGCUCAGCUCAGGACAAGGCCCCUCCAGAAGGGUACUCUGAAACCUGCCGACUGCAUUUCACUCCCAGUUCCUAAAUGUACAUGACAGGAACAGUUGUUUUUUUUUUUUUUCUAACUCCUUGUUCCCUGACAUAUGUGAUUCUUUAAUGAAUGUUUUUUUCUGUAUUAUUUUUUUAUGUGAAAGCAUUUCAUGCAUGUGAACAUAACUUUUCUCUUUUUAUGUUUAACACACUUAUGGCUAUUUUUGGUAGUGCGUGCACACAGGAAAUAGACGUUCCGGCCUCUGUAGGGGAUGAUUCCUAUGAUAUUCCCCUUUUUAGAACAGUGGUCCAAAUUGUGAGAUAUAUGAGCUCAGCCAUAUAUGAGCGAAGUCACAUAUGGCGGCUUCAAAACCCCGCCGGGUACAUUGGAUGUAUUACUUCAACACUGGCGAAACUGUGUUUCUAGAGAAGCAUGGUCAAGUGUUGCUCCUGUAACCCAAAAGGAUUGAUGUAUUUCCACAGUUACCCCUGUAGCUCCGCCCCUCUCAGAGCCCGGCAAGCUACCCGUGCUUAUUUGAUAUGCCAAAAACAGUAACAAUAAGUCUCCCAAUGAGAGACGUUACUGGUGCCCACUCGAACACAUCGAUGAGCAACGGGAUGACAGUGACAGUGACAGUGACCUCUGUAGCACUGUCAUCCCUCGAUUUGCUGGAGCGGGCACCAGUAACGUCUCCAUUGUGAGACUUGUUACUGUUUUUGGCAUAUUGAAUACGCCACGGGUAGUUUGUCAGGUUCUGCCAUGCAGGCAGGAUACUCUUGGUAGCUUGCCAGGCUCUCCAAGAGGGACGGAGGAAUCGAACUGGGGUUGGCCACGUGCAAGGCAAACUCACCCUACCCGCUGUGCUAUUACCUCUACCUGAGAGAUUUCUAAGCCACACUCUGUUAAACUUAAGGAGCCUCUUUAAGACUUCAAAAAUGCCCACAUUUGUUUUAGGGACUAUUCGGACCUAGGAAAUAGUAUUACUUGGUUGUUUUAGGGACUGUCUGGACCUAAGAAAAGGUAUUAGUUUGGGGGUGUGUUUUGUUUCACAAAAAUUAAAAAAUUAUAUGUAUUUAA